AUGUCGGGCUACAAGUACGAUGAGGAGGGCGGUCAGUUCUUCACAUUCGUGCUGACGGCGCUCCUCGCGUUGAUCAUCCCGUAUACCUAUCGUGUUCUUCGGCCUAAACGCGAUGCAGCUCAAGUGCAUGGCUGGCUGGAUCAGCGUGGGCACAAAACACGGAUCGUCAAGUGGAUGAUGCGCACGCCUUCAUCUGUGUGGAUCCUUCGUGCCUCCAUCCUGGUGGUGGGUUGGUGCGGUGUGGUGUAUCUGUUUCACCGCGUUGCCUCCGCUGCGCAAUCGACACAGCACACGAUUUACGAUCCGUUUGCGAUCCUCGGUAUCGCGGCUUCGGCCACGGAGCGCGAGAUUCGUCGGCAGUACCGCCGCCUCAGUCUCGAGUUCCAUCCAGACAAAGUCAAGCCUGACGCGUCAAACCAGACGAAGGAGGAAAUUGAGUCGCAUUACAUUGAGCUGACGAAGGCGUACAAAGCCCUCACGGACGAAACGAUCCGCAAAAACUACGAAGAGUACGGCCACCCAGAUGGCCGUCAGGAAAUGUCGAUGGGCAUUGCGCUUCCUACAUGGGUCGUCGAGAGCAAAAACAAUGUGUGGGUCUUGGCUGGGUACGGCCUGCUCUUUGGUGUAGUACUGCCUGUGCUGGUAGCGCGUUGGUGGUACGGUGCACGAUCGCGUACCAAGGAUGGCGUGCUGAAUGCGACGGCCCUGGCGUUCUUCAUGAAGCUGAAGCCUACAGUGUCAGCAGAGGAUAUGCCACUGAUGCUGGCGCAGACUGAAGAAUUGCAGGCGUAUGCGACAUCGCUGCAGCCUCGUGAUGAGACGGCGUACAAGCAACUUGAAUCGGCCACGCUGCUGUCGUACAAGGACGUGUACAACAAGGAGCUUUCCCUUGAGACAGCAGGCCCACGCUCCGUGCAACGUGCGUUGAUCCUGUUCACCUCGUACUUGCACCGCGUGGAGACGGGCAACGACCAUGUAGCGGAAGUACAGCAUGCCGUGGGUCGGUACUCGGAAAAGCUGCUUACGAGUCUCAUGGCGAUGAGCACGGCGCACAACCGCUUGAAGCAGACCAAUGCCAUUCGCGAUAUGACGGCGCAUGUUGUGCAAGCGGUGCCUCUGUUUGGCGGACGUAUUUCGGAAGUGCUGCAGCUGCCGCAUAUGACCAUGACGUUGGCGAAGAAGGUAGCAGAGCACGAUAUGGUGGCUAAGCAAGGUAUUCAGGGCCUGUGGAAGGUGCCGGAUGCGGAGCGCAAGGCGCUGCUGUGCGGCGAAAAAGGUAUGACGGACGAGCAGUACGCCGAAUGCAUGCGUGCGCUGAGUGAAUGGCCGCGUAUUGAAAUGGUCGAUGCGUACUUUACUGUGGUCGGGGAGGAGCGUGUGAAUGCGGGCUCGAUGAUGCACCUCGUGUUGAAACUGCGUUUGCUGCCUUUGAAACGUGAUGGCUCCUUGCUGCGACAUGGCCGACGUCUUGAUGCCAAGAAUAAGGACGGGCAGGAUAGUGUGCGUCCCGGCACGAGUGAAGAUGCCAAGCCGAACGAAGCGCAUAGCGGUCGGCAACGUAUGGGCUACGUGUACGCGCCGCACUUUUGUGAGGAGCGCCGUCCACAGUGGUUCAUGCAGAUGGGCGAUAACAAGAACGAUCACUUGAUUCUCUCGCCGACCAAGUUUGGCGACGUCGGCGUAACGGAGACGCGCGUCGUGCAUAUGCCUAUUAUUGCGCCGCCGGAGCCGGGCUUGUAUGUAUUCCAGGUGGACGUCGCGUCGGAUUCGUACGUCGGUUCCAACGCCUCGAAACUCAUGCGGCUCUACGUGGCAGAGCAGUUGAUGCCGAAGCCUGAGGAGGAAGAUGAGAUCUCUGAUCCGGAAGAGGACUCCAUUGCUGGUCAGAUGGCAAUUAUGCGUGGCGAGCGUGUGAAGCCCUCGAAUGCGGUCUAUGAAGAGGAGGAGGACGAAGACGAAGGAGACGAGGAGGAGGAUGAGGAGGAAGACGACGACGACGACGACGAUAGCGAUUCCGACUAG